AUGUCAGCUGCCACUAAUCCCAUCAAGGAUUUAAUUUAUUGUCCCAUCACGAGACGAAUCAUGAGUGAUCCUGUGGUGACCGCUCUCGGAGAUACUUUUGAAAGAGAAGCCAUCGAAGAAUGGUUACGAAAUAGAGACACGAAUCCAACCACUGGAGAACCUCUCCCAAAUAAGCAAUUGUCAUUUAACAAGACAGUCAAACAGAUGAUUGAUGUCUUUUUGGAAAAUCAUCCUGAAUAUCAAUUGAAUUUAGAAGAACGAUACGUAUCGCAUGGAAUGACAGAAAAGUUGAGAGACGCAUUUGAUGCCAAUGAUGUUUCUGCUUUGAAUUACAUCCUGUCGAGUCAUCCCUAUUUACAACUUUAUGAAGAAUUUCAGUGUUGUCCAAUUAUGGUAAAAGGAAUGGCAAGUUAUUUAGAUGACGGUAAUAUUUGUCAUGUCUUGUGUGAAUGUCCCAAUACAGAGUUGAAGACGUUCAAGACAUUGAUGGAAUCUCUGCAACGACUCGAAGAUAAACAUGUGAAAGAAAGACCUUCUCUUGUGAGUAAUUUGGUCUCAAAAACCAUUUUUGGAAAAAACUCGAGAGGUUUGCAACCCAUUCACACAGCAUGCUAUUUCAACGAAUGUGAACAAUUGUUUAAGGAGCUCAUUCAAAUGAAAGAUCAAUACUCAACUCUCUUCUCCAAAUGUGGUGUUUCACUGCAACAUGAAGAUUUAGAUCCACGAUGCAGAAAGAAUGUCUAUCUCCUCAUGUUUAAACUUAUCAUUACGAGUACUCCAGCUCAUAAGAACGUUCCAGAAAAGGAAAUUGAAUUGAACGAGAAAUGUUUGGAUUUCAUCUUUGACAAUUUAGGACUUAGUGGUGAGCAAUUAUUGAGAAUAACACAUCAAGGAGUUUCCUUGAUUAAUUAUGCAUGCAAGUACAAUCGUUUGCACAUUUUGAAAAAGAUGGUUGAAAAGACCAAUGUCAACCUCAAUCAACAUGUCGACACGUUUUAUCACACACCAUUGACAAGUGCAGUUUUGGGAGGAGCACUUGAAGUUGUGAAAUACUUGAUCGAAGAAGCCAAAGUGGAUGUUGAAGUUGGAGAUGUUCCAUCCUAUCGAAGAGAUUUUCCUACUGCUCUGCAUUUGGCAGUUUUGAGAGGUCAUUUUGAUAUUGCCAUGUUUUUGAUUUCUCAUGGAGCAAAUGUCAAUGCCACUUGUAAAAUGUCAACGGUGAACGGAUCGAUCAGUUCUUCCUGUUUGGAGCCUUCAGAUAUUUGUGUGAAUAAGGCAUUAUUUGGUUCAAGCAAAUUUAUGGGUCUUGAUGUGUCAUCACCUUCACUUGGAGGAUCCUCAUCUUCCAAUACGAAUAAGGAAGAAGAAGUUCAUAAUAUCAUGACUCUGUGUUUAUUGCUAUGUUCAGAUCGACAAGAGACAAGUAAGAGAGCUUUGGAAUUUAUUUCACAAUUGGUUUCCAAAUAUGGUUAUAUUCCAACAUUUCCUCAAGCCUCUUCUACAACGAUUAGUCCAGCAGUUUUCUCAACUUCAACUGCACAGUUUUCUUUCUCACCAAGCUCCAUGUUGAAUGAACCUUUGUGGUUUUGCAUUCGAACCGUUUCAAGCAAAACCGAGUGUGAACACAUGUUUGAGUGGGUCCUGAAUCAAUUUUAUUCAGACAAGCAAAAGUUGUUCAUGUUGCGAGACAGACAAAAGAACAAUGCACUACACUGGCUUGCGGCCUACGCUCGUGUUGAAAAUUUGGAAAUGACCAUUCUUCAUUUAACUCAAGAUGUGGACGUUCACUUGAUGAUCAAUCAAAAGAAUCAACAGGGAGAUACUCCAUUACAUGUUGCAUCUGCUUUGGGACGAAAGGAUAUUUGUAAAUUAUUGAUUGAUUUAGGAGCGGAUGUGAGAAUAAGAAAUGCCAAGUUGCAGGAUGCUCUCUCGGCUGGAUUUGUUUGUAAUGCAGUCCCAACUCUUACCGCUCAAUACCGAAUGAACUUUUUGAAGGAUUUGAGAAAGUGUUUGGAAAAUAGAGACAAUGGAAGAACCAUUCUGACACUUCAAGCAAAAAUUCGAAUGCUGGAAAAGAAGUUACAAGAGAAUAUGCCAAGCUCAUUAAUGAUUGACCCUUAA